AGUAGACGCUACCGGGUAGUCGCUCUCAUGAAUGACCACCUGCGCAUGCGCCCUCGCCAUUGAACAUCUUUUUAUUUUUUGCCUUUUCCACCUCCCUUCAUACGAUUGUCGCGCAAUUGACAUACGCCGCCCUUCUCCAGAUCCCUAGAGGACUUGUCCUCGCCAGCCUUUCUUCUUCUCUUUUUCUGUAUUAACAAUAUCCAACGGUGCUGCGGCUGCUGCUUUCCAGACUCGACCUCUGUCUCUAUCCUUCCAUCCGACACAACAGCAUUUCAUAGUCACCAAACCAUCCACAAGUCGCAUCACCGAGAAUCGCAUCGCAUCGUCUCUUUUGUCUUUACCAAAUUACGCCCGAUACCCACAUCCCCCAAUCAAGCCACAAAGCCACCGCCUACCACAAGAGCUCAUUCACAACACUAGACGCAAUGGAGAACCUCCUCAGCCUCGCCUUCGACGGCCUCUCUUCCUACGACGGUCCCAAGAUCCGCAAGGGUCUGCGCCAAGUCGAGGGUCUCCUCGCCCAAAUCUGCCUCUCAGCACCGGCCAAAUCGAGGUCAUCCACAACGGACGACGAUGCGUCCCACAGCAGUGGAAAGUCUCUGGCAGACUUGUCAGAUGACCCGGCCUUUCGCGAGUUCUUCAAGCUGCAAGAAGGAUUCGAGUGGAACGUUGCACUUCGCCUCAUCAACACUCUCGACCGCCUGAUGGGCAAGGGCACCGAUGGACAGAAUGACCUCCUCAUCCUCAGCUCGCUGGACUUGAUCCAGGGUGUCUUAUUGCUGCACCCGCCCAGCAAAGCCCUCUUCUCACGAGAGCAGAACAUGAACCUCCUCCUCGACCUCCUCGAGCCCGUAAACUGUCCCGCGAUUCAGUCCGCCACCCUGCUCACCCUCGUCACCGCCCUCAUUGACACCCCGACAAACACACGAACCUUUGAGGCCCUCGAUGGCCUCCUCACCGUCACCUCCCUCUUCAAAUCCCGCUCUACCGCCCGCGAGGUCAAGCUCAAGCUCGUCGAGUUCCUCUACUUUUACCUCAUGCCCGAGGUCCCCUCCAUCCCCCGCGCCGACGUCCGCGCUUCUGUACCGGCCAUCCACCAGCGCAGCCCGAGCAAGCUCGCCGGCGCCUUUGGCAGCGCGGCCUCCACGCCCGCCUCCACCGACUCAGGCCACGGCCGGAGCCGCGCCGGUAGCGAAUCCGCCGACACCAUGACGACCGAGGAGAAGCAGGAGCUGCUGGGCCGCCACCUGAGCAAUGUCGAGGAUCUCGUCAGGGACCUGCGGACGUGCACGCCCUUUGGUGGUGUCGUGUGCUAG